CCAAUGGAAGUCAAUGACUUGAUCUUUCCAUAAUUCCGACACUGUUGAUCAUUAACGUUGGAAAAUUCUUCCAUUGGACUCUCCGACAAUGGCUGAAAACCACCACCACCACCACCACCAUCACCGGCCCCAUCGUCUCUCACUUCCACCACGCACCACCAUUUCCACCACCACCGCCACUCCUACUACCACAAGAACCCCCUACCCUCUUUUCAACAACUACCCACCUUCAACUCCAACUCCAACUCCAUCUAAACACCGAAUUCCCUCCUAUUUCCCCACUCCCAAAUCUUCAACAAAAACCUCAUCUUUACCAUUUCUCUUCCUCCUCCUCUUCUCUCUCCGCUCUCUUUACUCUCUUCUCCCUUUCCUCCGUUCUUCCCCUUCCUCUUUCUCUCUCUUCCCUUUCUCUUUCCUCGUUUCCCUCCUCUCUUUUCUCCUCACUUUCUCUUUCUCCAUCUUCACUUCGAAACACCUUUUUCAUCACAAAAAUCGCCACCGGCUCGUUUUUUUCUCCUUCACCAAAUCUCAAUAUAAGCUUCUACUGCAAAAAUCCCUUCUUCUUGCUAUAGUUUUUCUGCUGAGAUUUCAAGCUCUGAGAUACUGUGGCACUGCUGCAAUGAUUCUUGCUGAAGUUUCCGGAAAUAUAGCUGCCCGCUUCAUUUCUGAUGGAAAGAGACUCGAUCUUUUUGACAAGAAUCAGAUUAGAUCGUCUAAGGUUUGUGGGUUUAUUGCUAUGUUUAUUGGGUUGUUUCUGCUAUCUGUUAGUUGGGAUAGAAUCGAAUGUUUCCCUUUAUCUUCUGUGAAUGUAACUGAAAUGGGGUUUUCGAUUCUGCCGAGGUAUAGUUGUAUAAGGAUUUGGCCUAUGUUGCUUCCUUUUGUUUGCGGGUUUUUGGGGUGUUAUGAGAGGAGUUUUAUGAAUUUGGGUAGUUUAAGGGAAAUGGGUAGGAAGCAGGUUAGAUUGGUAUCUUUGUUUUUUACUACUGUAAUGCUGUUUGUACCUGCUGUUAUAAGUAUGUUUGUGUUUGAAGCAGACGGAGAUAGUAUCUCUAUUUCGAGUCUCGGUUGGGUUUUGGUGAACACAGUAGUGUUUGGUGUGCUUUUGAGUGAGAAUUUUACUGAUGAGAGGACAAUUUCGUCGAAGGAUUUUCAAAAGGAGUAUCUUGUGACCUAUGUAUGUACUGUUGUAUUGGAAUUGUUUUAUUAUCCUGAGCUUUCGCUUUGGGGAUUGUUGAUAUGUGGAUUGUUGCUCUGGAUUUCAGUAAGGAAUUUGGAUCCUGUUGAUAGUAAUUAUAUUGAGUUGGGGUUGGAACGAUCGGAUUGGUUUACGACUUCGGUUAUGAAACCUCUCCGGCAUAUCUUGGGUGAGAGGAAGUCUCGCAAGAUAGCGCUUUUCCUUUUGAUCAAUACAGCUUACAUGGUUGUGGAAUUUGUUGCUGGUUUUAUGAGUAAUAGCCUUGGGUUAAUAUCAGAUGCUUGUCACAUGCUGUUUGAUUGUGCAGCUCUAGCUAUUGGGUUAUAUGCUUCGUACAUAUCCCGGUUGCCAGCAAAUGGUCAGUUUAACUACGGUCGUGGAAGAUUUGAGAUUCUUUCUGGGUAUGCAAAUGCGGUUUUUCUUGUCCUCGUGGGAGCGUUAAUUGUGCUUGAAUCAUUUGAGAGGAUAUUAGACCCUCAGGAGGUUUCUACUAACAGCCUAUUGUCAGUGUCUAUUGGUGGACUUCUUGUUAAUAUUGUGGGUUUGAUCUUCUUUCAUGAGGAACAUCAUCAUGCCCAUGGUGGAUCAUGUUCACACUCCCAUUCACAUGCUCAUUCUCAUUCCACAGGCGAUAGUCUCCAAGAUCACCAUCUUCACCAUUUACAUGACCAUGAUCACUCCCAUGACCACCAUUCUCAUGAUCACUCCCAUGAACAUAAGACUCCUCAUUCUCAUGAUCAUUCCCAUGACCAUAACACUCCUCAUUCUCAUGAUCACUCCCAUGACCAUAACCAUGACCACCAUUCUCAUGAUCAUUCCCAUGACCAUAAGACUCCUCAUUCUCAUGAUCAUUCCUGUGACCAUAACCAUGGGCACCGUCAUCAUGAUGAUGCUCACCAACAUUGUCAUGUUGGCAGCUCAAGUAGUUCUUCGAUAAAGGUGCACCACGGCUCUGUUGCAAGUUUGCAAGGACCAGAUAUUUCUCAUGGUCAAGACAAGGGUGUCACUGAGAAACAUAAGCGGCAACACCGGCACAUUGAUCAUAACAUGGAAGGCAUAUUUUUGCAUGUUCUGGCUGACACCAUGGGUAGUGUUGGGGUGGUAAUUUCGACGCUGUUAAUCAAGUACAAGGGAUGGCUCGUCGCUGAUCCCGCCUGCUCAAUUUUUAUCUCUGUUCUAAUUAUAUCUUCAGUAAUCCCAUUGCUCAGGAAUUCAGCAGAAAUUUUACUGCAAAGAAUUCCAAGGGCUCAUGAACAGGAUUUGAAGGAAGCUGUAAACGAUGUCAUGAAGAUAAAAGGUUUAUCUGGGAUUCAGAAGCUGCAUGUUUGGAGCUUCACGAACUCAGAUGUGAUUGGGACUCUUCAUCUUCUCGUCUCAAGCGAGAGUGAGAAGUUAUCUGCAAAGGCACAAGUAUCUGAAAUAUUGCAUGAUGCUGGGAUCAAGGAUUUGACAAUGCAAGUAGAAUGCAUCCAAAGUAGUUAGUCUAAUUGGUGGCACUACUUA